AUGGAUGCAAAGCUCACAAAGGUUGACAAGAACGAACUGUUGUCAAUAGUCAAUCCACAUUACGAGAACGUUAAAGCCAAGUACCCCCACCUAGCGCAAGUCAACUUGACCGACAAUGACAAGAAAGACCAACUACCCAUUCAUGUUAUUCUAAGCGUGGGUGACUAUGCGAGAAUUAAGACCAACCGACCACCAGUGGUAGGUGAAGCGGGAGAACCUGUUGCUGAAUACACCAAACUGGGGUGGUUCAUCAUGUCACCCGGAAAUGAAAUCGACCGGCAAACCAUGUUUCUUACCCAGACCAGCCACGUAGAUUACGAGGAACUGUGUCGUCUCGAUGUAUUGGGGCUCAAAGAUUCCACAGAACACGAUCAAGACAUGGUACAUGCAGAGUUCAAGGAACAAUUGCAACGAUCAGCUGAAGGAUGGUACGAGACAGGAUUGCCCUGGCGGAGCAAUCAUCCCCAUCUGCCGGCCAACAAAUACGGAAGUCUCCAUCGUCUGAGUAGUCUAACAAAGAAGUUGCAACAAGAUGGGCACAUCGAAGAAUACGACGCGGUCAUUAGAGCACAACUCCAAGAAGGCAUUGUGGAAGAGGCACCUACAACAGUUACUGGUAAAGAGUUCUACAUCCCUCAUAAGGGCGUGGUCAAGGAGUCAUCAGAGACAACCAAAUUGCGAGUCGUGUACGACACUUCAGCGAAGCAAGACCCAUCAUCGCCUUCCCUAAAUGAUUGUCUAUAUCCUGGUCCACCCCUCCAGAAUAAGCUAUGGGAUGUAUUGGUACAGCAAAGAGCGUUCCCAGUGAUGGUCUCUAGUGAUAUCCGUCAAGCCUUCCUGCAAAUCCGAAUCAAAGCAGCUGAGAGAGACGUGCUGCGGUUUCAUUGGCGUCGAGAUGAUCUGUCACCAUUGGAGACCUUACGGUUUACGAGAGUCGUAUUUGGUCUUGUACCGUCACCAUAUUUACUUCAUGGUGUAAUCGAGACUCAUUUAGACACUUGGUCCAAAACUUAUCCUGAAGAAGUCGAGCAUCUACGUCGAAGCAUGUACGUAGACGAUCAACUAAGCGGCGGUUCGACAGUGGAGCAAGCUAAGAUACGCAAAGAAAUUUCCCGAGAAAUUUUACAGGACGCUACAUUUGAACUUCAUAAGUGGAGCUCCAAUGUACCGCAGUUGGAAGUUGAAGAGGUUCAUCAAGUAUCUGAACUUUCCGACGAACAAUCUUAUGCAAAGACACAGCUGAUGGUGAAACCCAAAGAAUCGAAAGUGCUCGGUCUGAAAUGGAACAAACAAAGUGACACGUUAAAGAUUUCAUUCCCAAGCGAAGAAGUACCGGUGACGAAGCGAGGCAUCUUACGUAAACUGGCAAAGAUCUAUGACCCUCUAGGGUUGGUUUCACCGCUGAUCCUGGAGGGGAAACUCCUAUUCCGCGACGUGUGUGAUGCAAAACUGCCGUGGGAUGUUGAGAUUAAUGACGAACAGUUGAAACGUUGGCGAACCUGGGAACAAUCCUUACCCAUAGAGGAAGAAGUGCUGAGAUCUGUUGCAAGAUACCAGGAACCAAUUGAUGAGAUUGUAUUACAUUCCUUCGGUGAUGCGUCUACAAAAGGUGUAGGGGCAGCAGUUUACGCAGUGGUUAGACAGCAAUCGGGAACGACACAGCAGUUGGUGGCAGCAAAGAGUCGGCUAGCGAAGAGAAAUUUGUCGGCUCCACGUCUGGAACUGGUCGGGACUCACAUGGCGACAAAUCUUCUAGUGAAUGUUUGUGAAGCACUACCAAAAGAACCGCAACCGUUGAUGUUCGCAUGGCUUGACAGCACAGUGGCCUGGAUAGUUGGAAAUGGGGCCUACAAGCAAUUCGUCGCCAAUCGCGUUGCGAAGAUCCAGGCUCAUCCAUCAAUUCAGUGGCGACAUGUUCCAACAAAGGACAACCCCGCGGACAUUGCUAGCAGAGGCGGUCCGGUAUCUUCAUCGCUGUGGCAGUCGGGCCCAGAAUGGCUCAGUGAUCAAGCAAAGUGGCCAGACAAUCCGGUAACAAAAACAUCACCCGAAUCGGCAGCUGAAACCAAGAUUAAUCGAGACCUCGUAUACGUAGCCAAAUCCGCCGAAACGACAACAGACGAGUUAGACAAACUUCUCAAAAGAAACACGCUGCGUCGAACGCUGAGAGUGCGUGGAUAA